AUGGCUACUUCACUUGCCGCCUCCCGGGCCCUGUACCAACGCCAGGUCAGGCAUCUUUUCGUACUUUAUCUGCACGUUAUUGCCGCCUACUGCAUGGCCGGCUCCCCCAGGGGCAACGGAGGCGUACGAACCGUGCAUACGACGAUCUUUUCCGGCGGCACCUUUCUCCAAUACUGGCUAAGGCCGGCGGCCGCCAGGGCCUUCCCGGAGCUCUUCCGGGUCAACCAAAGUACCUUCCGGGCUCUCUACGACUUGCUGAUCACGCACACCCAACUGGCGGGCUCAAAACACGUCUCUAGCCAUGAGAAAGUAGCCUCUUUUUUAUAUAUCUGUGGGCAGGAUGCCUCGCUCCGGGCAGCGGCCCAUCUUUUUGGCCGCAGUCCAGACACAACGCGGCGCAACUUUCACGAGGUUCUCCGCGCCAUGAUGCGCCUCCACGUUGCGUUUGUGACGUUGCCAGACGUUUCCGACGUCGUUUGGCCCGAUUGCAGGCGUCAGGAAGUCCAGGAGGCCUUUGCCGGGUGCUUGGGAGCCGUCGACGGGACCUUGAUUAAUGCCAAAGUUGCUGCGGAGGAGGGAGUCGUGUGGAGGAGUCGGAAGGGGCCCACGGCACAAAACGUCAUGGCGGCCGUUGAUCACCGCGGGCGGUUCGUUUCUGUAACUGCAGGUAUAGAGGGUUUAGUUCACGACUCCCAGGCGUUUAGAGAGGCCCUCGCGCGUGGUUUUGUGGUCCCAGGCGGCUACUACUACGUUGGAGAUGCCGGCUUCGGCCUAGGGCAAGGGGUAAUAACUCCAUACGGUGCGACAAAGUAUCACUUACAGGAACAGGGAUUUGCAAGGCCGGAAACGCCGGAGGAGCUUUUUAACCUGCACCAUGCAAAAAUACGGGUGCGGGUUGAGAGGUCUUUCGGUGAGCUUAAAAACCGCUGGAAGAUAGUGAGGGGCCCGGGACCAAGCUACUCUAUCCGCACACAAAUCAGUAUCGUGCUGGCUGUUACGGCCCUGCAAAACUUCAUCUGGGAGAGGGAAUUCAGGGCAUCUCCGGCAUCCAAUCCCGGUUUCAAACCGAUUACAAAUGCCGGAGGAAAUGCACUUGAAAGGUCGCGGGUUUGGAGGGAAGCAGUGGCGCGGGCACAGCAGAUCGGCACAACGCAGGCGUCUUGGAUCCAGUAUAGGACUUGGAUAGCGAGGAGGUUGUGGCAGGACUAUCAGGUCUAUCGGGCUCGUGAGGAUACGCAGUAA